ACAGCCUGCAGCUUUGUUCUCGUCGGUGAUUUGAAGCGGACGGACCCAUGCGGGAGACUGCGCAUGCGCUUAAGUCAAUAUGGUUACGAAAAUAGUAGUUACAUGACUUAUUUUUCCAUGAUAUUGGCUGUAAACUCUACAGAGGAAGGUACGCAGUUAGCAGUAUGGCAGGAGAAGAAGAGGAGAGCAAGACAAGAGGUUUCCGGUUGCUGGGGAUCCUGGAUGUCCAGAAAACUCCCUGUGCCAGAGAGGCCAUCCUGCAUGGAGCUGGAGGCUCACUGGCUGCCGGCCUGCUGCAUUUUCUGGCCACAAGUCGGGUCAGGAGGUCUUUUGACGUGGGAUUUGCUGGAUUUAUGCUGACCACACUCGGAUCCUGGUUUUACUGCAGGAUUAACAAUGCUAAACUCCGUGUGCAGCAGAGAAUUAUCCAGGGCGGGCUCAAGAACAAGGUGGUGUAUGAAGGAACUGUUUUAGACCCCACAACCAAACCUGGAGCAGAAGCACCAUCAGGGCCCUCAUGACCUCCAGCACUGAGACCACUGUUGCUCCUCUGUGAAGGCUGUGAGGAAAAGGAGGACCAUCAGGAUCCUACAAAGACUUAAUAAUCUGUUUGUUUGUUUUUUCAAAAGACUGACAUCCGCAGUUUGGAUUAAAUUAUUGAAUGUUGUUGCUGUUUGAUUUUUUUCAGCUUAUGUUAUGGUUAAAUCUCCAUUUCCGGGCUCUUAUAUGUGGUCAAACAAAAACAGCUGUUCUUGGACUGUAUCCUGAUCCUUCUUUUUUUUUUCUGAUACAUUCGCCAAAUGUUGCUCAAUAAAAAUAAUGAUCCAGGAAGUUCACCACUCAAACCCUCCCUCUUUGAACCCUGUGGGAUUUCAGUUCCUCCUUUCAUCUGUCUGAUAAUACCAGACCACCACUGAAUAGAGCAAUGAGUCCCCACUGAGGGGAAUGACAUCAUGCUUAUCUACUAUGCAUAGGCUACAAAUAUGGGUAUCUUUCUGUGUGAAGGUUGCGUGUCCUCCACCUGCGAUAUGCUGUAGAUCUGGAUUUGGAUGCUUUGCCCACUUGGAUGACCAGUUUCCCUCCAAAGCACUGACUGUGACCUCACUUAUGGGGACGUGGUUUGAUUUUCAACCAACAUAGGACAGAGCUGCAGCAGUCUGUUGGAGUAUUUAAUUUGAUUUUUAAUUCACAUUAUUGAGCAGGGGUGCAGCCUGGGAUAUUGAACCUCAUGAAAACAUCACUUUGGACCCUACAACUUCAUUAAUUCAAAUGUUCUAUUUUUAGGGACACUAUCAGUCAUUGGCCCUUAGAAUGAUCCUAGCUUUUAUCCCUCAUAUGGCGAUCAUGUCUUUAAAUCUGUUCUGGUUGAUUGCGUAAUAAGUUGUGUACACAUGUAACACUGAAGCUAUGUCUGCACUCUGAGAUGUCUCAUUAAAUUUGCUGAACUCAA